AUGAGAUUGACUCUGCAUAACGCUGUGGCUCUCCUUGCCGCUGCUGGCCCCAUCCUGGGCAGCCCGGCCGGCGACAUGUCCGCAUUUCUCGACUCCAUCAGGGUCAACCGCGCUGCGCUUCCGCCCUCGCUGGAUGGAAGAGCGGAUUCUGGUUGCCUAUCUGCCUGUGACAUUUUGCAGACCGGUUUCCCGGACCGCAUUGCCACGGUGGCCGCAAAUGAGUCCACCUACACGCAGGAAGCCGACGCUUACUGGUCCGCGAGCGCAUGGACAGCUCCCACGUGCAUCUACACGCCGACCACUCUCGACGAGCUCAAGGCGGCCAUCCUGGCUGCCCAAAGGACCCAGUGCAAGUUUGCCGUCCGCAGUGGUGGUCACUCGCCGUUCCACGGCUUUGCCGGCAUUGACGAGGGACUCCUCAUCUCCAUGGCCGGAUUCAAGGAUCUGGAGUACAACAAGGACACUCAGGUGCAGCGCUCCGGCAUGGGCAACCGCUGGGGCGACAUUUACAAGUCCCUCAUCGAAACUGGCCGCCUUGUCGUCGGUGGCCGUCUCAAUGAAGUCGGCCUCGCGCUUGCUGGUGGUGGUGGCCUCUCUCAUCUUUCCAGCCUGUACGGCUGGGCCUGUCAGAACGUCAUCUCCUACGAGGUUAUGCUCGCCAACGGCAGCCACGUCGAAGCCAGCUACGAAAAGAACUCGGAUCUGUACUACGGUCUCCGCAUCGGCAACAACAACUUCGGCAUCGUCACUCACCUCAACCAGCAAACUUACCCUAUGGGCAAGGUCUGGGGCGGCACCGUCAUUUACUCGGGAGACAAGGCCAAGGCCUUUAUGGCUGCGCUCGCUGACUUCCAGGCGGAUGGACAGCUCGACCGCAAGGCCGCAAUUCUCCCAUACCUGGCAUUGACAAACGACACCAUCUUUGCGACGUUUGCCUACUUGGACCCGACCGUCAAGCCCAAUGCCUUUGAUGCGUUUUUCCAAAUCCCCAACGUCACGGACCUUACCAAGGUUCAUGACAGCUUUUAUGAUCUUGCCAGCACGGGACUGCCUUUUCUGCCAAGAUGGACAUACGCGGCCACUAGUGCUCUCCUCGACAAGGACACCUACGUCGGCAUCGUUGACAUUAUGUCAAGCUUUAACGACCGCAUGCACAAGAUUGCCAGCGGCACCCUGGCGCUGAUGACCCAGCCCAUCUCCAAGAACAUGGUCCUGGCCAGCGAACUACGUGCCGGCGGCGACCCGCUCGGCGCGAGAAAAGAAGCACAGCUCUGGAUGGGAGUCACUGCCGGCUGGGCCAACGGCGACGACGACGCGGCUGUGUUCCGCAUCGUGCAAGACUGCACCGACGCUAUUGAGGCCUACACCAAGGAUAGAGGCUUCUAUGACCCGUUAAUCUUCGUCAACGACGCGUUCCCCACGCAGAAGCCUCUGCAGAGCUUUGGUGCGGACAGCUAUGCCAAGCUCAGAGCCGCCAGCGCCAAGUACGACCCCGAUGGCGUCUUUCAGAAGCUGGUGCCUGGCGGCUUCAAGCUGAUCUAG